AUGAGUAACUCAGAGUCUUCUCUAGAGCCCGAGGUUGUCGUCAAAAGCACCAAGAAAUCAUCCAAGGACAAGGCUAAAAAAACGAGCAAACACUCCAAGGUCGACGCCGGAAAGAACGAGGGAACCGACCCAGACUGGGCAUUCAAGCCUCCCAAGGGUGCAGUCCUCAUGAAUCACGGUGUGGAUUCUGGAGAGUUUGACUGGGAUGCGAUUAAUGAUGAUGAUAAUGUCGAAUUGUGGCUGAUUCGGGUGCCGGACGGGAUGAAGCCGAAGUACCUGCAGGACAUUAAGCUUGAUGUGCCGUCAUCCUCAAAGACUACGCGGAUAGGCAGUAUCGACAGGAAACACACAUCAUACGACGUAUGGUCCCUUGGGGACGACGAGAUUGAGGGCAUUGGUGGGGAGGAACUGAAAGAAUUUUCAUGCCUCUUGCCCAGGCCAAGGAAAGGUGGGAAGCUCUAUCAAGCCCCGAAGCCCGUUACACGCCGUCUCAUCGUUUCCGCAAAGCCAGCUCUACCAACGCCCGAUCCUUCUUCAGACUCGAAUACAUCUUCGUCUGUGUACAAAAACCCUCCACGACCGCGCUAUCCCAAAGCGAUAUUAAAGCAUCGUUUCAUGCCGCUCGGUUCGCUCGCUCGGAAUGCAGAUUCUCCGGAGGCCAUGGAUGUUGACCAGGUGGAGCAGAUACUAGGAGAAGAACCGGCGGACGAGGAUAUUCCUGUCAAGCCGAGCAAGCCCAAAAAGGCUGCUCACACAGAGAAGGUGGAAGGGACGACGAAGAAACGAAAAGGCAACGGAGACAGUCCCAAAAAAUCCAAGAAGACAAAGACAGCUGUGGAGUAG